AUGCCAAACCUAACAAGUUUAGAGUUUGAGGCGUUGGAUAUCUCCGGGGAUAAUUAUCUCGCGUGGGCACUAGAUGCCGAAAUCCACCUCAGUGCAAAAGAGCUUGGUGAAACAAUCAAGGAAGGGAAUAAGGCUGAAUCUAAGGAUAAGGCAAAAGCAAUGAUAUUCCUUCGCCAUCACCUCCACGAAGGUCUCAAGAGUGAGUACCUGAAUGUGAAAGAUCCACAAGUCCUUUGGACUAGUUUGAAAGAGAGGUAUGAUCACCAGAAAACUGUGAUCUUACCUAGAGCUCGUUAUGAUUGGACACAUCUGAGACUCCAGGACUUUAAGUCUGUAAGUGAGUACAACUCAGCAUUGUUCAAGAUUACCUCCAAGUUGGAAUUAUGUGGAGAGAAAGUCACGGAUGCUGAUAUGUUAGAGAAGACAUUCUCUACAUUUCAUGCAAAUAAUGUUGUCCUGCAGACACAAUACCGUGAAAAGGGAUUCCAGAAGUAUUCCCAGUUGAUAUCUUGCCUUCUUGUGGCAGAGCAAAAUAAUGAGCUGUUGAUGAAAAAUCAUGGAAAGAACAAAACCACAGAUGGACAAGGCCACAUCCGUGGUCGAGGUCGUGGUGGACGGGGUCGUGGCUAUGGUCGUGGACGUGGAAGAGAUUUUGGUGUACGUCAAAGAGGUUCGUUUAAGAACGCACGCUCUCACCAAAAUCAGGAAAACAAAGGUGGUAACAAACAAGUAACACAAGGGAAUGCAUGUUACCGCUGUGGAGGAAAUGACCAUUGGGCUCGUUUGUGCCGUACACCAAAACACCUUGUUGGUCUUUAUCAACAAGCUGUUAAGGAAAAGGGAAAGAAUGUGGAAACAAACUUGGUGUACGAAGAUGGUGAAGCAACUCACAUGGAGAUUGCUGAUAUUCUCGCCCCUGAAGGGAAUAUGAGAAUUUAA